CCUGUGCCAGGUGGAGAGGAGGAGAGACAAGAGAGACGGGCAGGGGAGAAAAAGAAGCGGGGCGAGAAAAAGUCGACUUACCUGUAGACCAACUUCUGGCAACUCGCUCACUCUAUUACCUGCUCCGACUUGAAAGUCCAGUUUCACAAGGAAGAACCGUAGAGGAAGCAAAAUAUGUCACAGGAGACAGACAAUAAACGUCUGGUGGUGGUGGUCCCCAACGACAGCUCCUUCCCCGCAGUGCGGCGGGCGUACACCAGCGAGGAUGAGGCGUGGAGGUCGUACCUGGAGAACCCGCUGACAGCCGCCACCAAGGCCAUGAUGAGCAUCAACGGGGACGAGGACAGCGCCAACGCCCUGGGCCUGCUCUACGACUACUACAAGGUGCCUAAAGAAAAGCGGCUUCUGCCAGUUCCCAAAGUUGUUGAGAUUACAGAGGAGCAGGAGAAAAGGUCCACGUUGCCUAGCAACCCCAGCAGCCAAAGCGAGGUGGAGACAGUGGACAACCGUGUUCAGGUCCUCAAGUCCGUCCCCGUCAACCUGUCGCUCAACACGGAGCACCCAGACACCAAACGGGAGCAGUUCAGCAGCACGGCGGGGGCGGGUUCGGGGGACGGAGGCUCGCCAGCUGUGGCCGUGGUGAAGGCCGAGGUGUACGCGCCCGUCUUCAUGGCGGGAAGCGGGCUUCACUACAGGGUGGAGGGGGAGGAAUCAGCGAGGGUGAUCUACGAGCAGAGUCCGUAUGAGGUAACCACCGUCAGUCACAGCUCCUACGUGAAAGAAGACCAGCAGAGUCCGCCUGACAGCCCGUAUGAAGAGGAGAGAGACGGGAAGUACCACACACCUUCCUCUCUGGCUACAGAUGACUUCUUAUUUCACCAGGAGGGAGUUGACAGCUUCCAGUACACGCUGGACGCCACUCGCUCGCUGCGUCAGAAGCAAGGUGAGGGGCCGAUGACCUACCUGAACAAGGGCCAGUUCUAUGCCGUGACGCUCAACGAGCUCAGCGCCAACAAACGCCUCCGUCACCCCAUCAGCAAAGUCCGGAGCGUUAUCAUGGUGGUGUUCAGUGAAGAUAAGAACCGAGACGAGCAGCUUAAAUACUGGAAGUACUGGCACUCUCGGCAGCACACGGCUAAACAGAGAGUCCUAGACAUCGCUGAUUACAAGGAGAGCUUCAACACAAUCGGCAACAUCGAAGAAAUCGCUUACAACGCAAUCUCCUUCACCUGGGACGUGAAUGAAGAGGCAAAGAUCUUCAUCACGGUCAACUGUCUGAGCACAGACUUCUCCUCUCAGAAGGGGGUGAAGGGUCUUCCUCUGAUGAUCCAGAUCGACACCUACAGCUACAACAACCGCAGCAACAAGCCGCUGCACAGAGCAUACUCACAGAUCAAGGUUUUCUGUGACAAGGGAGCAGAGAGGAAGAUAAGAGACGAGGAGAGAAAACUGUUUCGCAAGAAGUCAAAAGGGAAGGACGGAGGCGUAGGUGUCAUAACCGUUCCCAAGAAGUCCGACACCACCCAUUUCAAGACCAUGACCGACUUGGAAGCGCAGCCCGUCCUUUUCAUCCCCGACGUUCACUUCGGCAACCUGCAGAGGGCCGGACAGGUGUUUACCUUCAACACAGAGGAGAUCGAGAGAGAAGGGAGUGUGCUGGUAAAGAGGAUGUUCAGGCCGUCAGAUGAAGAUCUGUGUCCUUCACCUCAAAAACAGAUCAAAGAAGAGACACACAAGAGAGUGCUGUUGUACGUAAGAAAGGAGAUGGACGAGGUCUUUGACGCUCUGAUGCUCAAGUCUCCCACACUCAGAGGCCUGAUGGAUGCGAUAUCAGAGAAAUAUGGCGUGCCGACGGAGAGGAUAGCCAAAGUGUACAAGAAGAGUAAAAAAGGGAUCCUGGUAAACAUGGACGAUAACAUCAUCGAGCAUUACUCCAACGAAGACACCUUCAUCCUCAACAUCGAGAGCUACGCAGACGCCUACAAGAUCACGCUGACGGAGAUCUGACAGCUCGUCAGCCGACCCGAAGGACGGCACGUUGAGACGAAAGAGACGCUGUGACUGCUGGUUGGCUGAAAUCUACGAGGCUGCUAUCGACCGGCUUGAUAAGCUGACUGACGUUACUGGAGACAGUUCGCUGGAGGCGUUGCUCUGACGCUGCCAGCUCUCCAAACACUGUUACACUAUGAAGCAUUUUCUGUACAGGAGGAGGAGCGUGACAUAAAUAAAAAGAGGAAAUGACACAAAUGGACAUUUUCAUUCUUAUGAACUGAUUAUAUUUACUCUUCCUCUAUGCUGUGAGGACAAACGAUGGUGCACAGAUCUAUCUAUCCACCCCACUUACUGACUUUUGCUGAUAUUUUUAUUGUAUAAAAAGAAUUUGUACUUUUAUUCUCAUCCUGUACAGUCUUGUGUUUUUGCCAAAUACACAUCAGGAGUAGCCUCAUGAAAUGCCUGAUUGUACAAUAACAUGUAACCACAGCUUGAAUUAGUCGACUUUAAGUAAGUUAGCAGCUUCUUUGCAUGCCAGCCUUUGUUUUUGUUAGUUGUGUUAUUAUUUAUUAAUGCUUUAAAUGACAAUGUUUUGCAUUUCACUAGCAAUUUAUCCAAGAAUUUCAAGUACUUUUACAUUUCAGUCGCCCUCUAUAAGAGUGCUGGAGGAGUUUCUCUAUAUUUCAGCCAUGUUGUAAUAUUUUAAUGUCAAUAAAUAUACUUAAGUGUUUCUCUGUAGGGCCUUACAUGACUCAAAAAUACUGUAAACAACUUCUGAGGGGUGACAAAUGGCACUUGGUUGUUGCGUAGAUCUCAUAUGCUUGGCUGUGUUGAAAAAAAUUAAUAAAAAUAUAAACACUGA